UAUAUUUUCCGAUAUUCAAGACUUUUGUAAAGUCGGGGAUAAAAAGAGUAAAUCUGCAAGUUGUGAUUGGAGGCCCUGAGACGCGUCACGUGGUUUGGGUCGCUGACAGCGUAAACCCUUGGAGCCGGGUGCGCACGUGGGUGACGCUGCAGGGCCAACCCUCUUCUGGGUCCCUUUUGUUGAACCAUCAAACAUAAGCACCUUUGGAGAUCCCGAGGGGUUCAGAUGAGAAACGGCCGUCAUCUUGCGCACGAAGCGAUCACUUGUCACGGGCGCAGUCAUGUCGAGGUCUUUUUACGUCGAUUCGUUAAUAAUCAAGGAUACGGUGCGACCUGGACCCGCUGAGCAUCCCGGACAAGACUUCCUCAUUCCCAUCAGCAUGCACUCUCCCGGCGUCAUGGCUGUCACCGCUCCGGUGUGUCCGUCCAGGAAGAACGGGACUUUCUGCGUUUGCCCGCUGUGCGUCACGUCCCACAUCCACUCGUCGCGAAGCGGCAUUCCCAUGCUGAAGAGUCAGUUCCCAGGAGCGGAGGCGCAGUACUGUCAGAGAAUCACGCAUCAACAGUCCGCGUCGCUCGCGCACCCUGGACACACGGCGGUCUGCACGCCCACCUUCAGCGUCACAGACCCCAGGAGAUACCACUGCCUUUCUAUUGGCGCCUCCGAGAACAGCCACAUCCAGAAUGGCAAGAGGAUGCGCACCGCGUUCACAAGCACGCAGCUCCUGGAACUCGAAAGGGAGUUUUCCACGAAUAUGUAUCUGUCGAGACUCAGGAGAAUCGAGAUCGCCACGUAUUUGAACCUGUCGGAGAAGCAGGUGAAGAUCUGGUUCCAGAACCGCAGAGUGAAGCACAAGAAGGAGGGCAAAGCCACGCAGAGGAGCGCGCACAGCGGUUGCAAGUGCACGAGCGGUCACACAGACUAUUCAAGGUCAGAGGACGAGGAGUCCCUGUCUCCGGCCUCUGCUUCGGAAGACAAAGAGGUGUCACCUAUCUGAGAGUAACUGGGAUGUCCAAAGUCCCGCUGUCGGCACUUACCCUGCUCUGCUCCAGUUGUGGGUUCACGCGAACCCUGAGCCACAAACGUCCCGCAUGAAGUUGUAGAGCAAAUCCAGAUCCUAUAAUUUACUUCAUGUUUAUCCUGCUGUAAAAAUUAAAGAAAACUGUGCGAAUAUAUCUUGAAAGUUGAAGUAUUUGGAAACAUGACCUACUGCACUGUUUGUGUAACGGCCUGAUGUGAUCUGAUCCCCUCAGGAUUCUCCCUCCAAAUACCAAUAAAUUAAACCUAGUGAAUGUGUCCUAUUAUUGUCCGUCAAUGAGGCCUGACCCGUGUGGAACCCGUGCACAACUACUUGUACAAUAUGUAUAUGUGUAUUUAUUGUAAUAAAUAUGAUGAGUCGA